AAUGACCAAAACUGCAGUUUCUGCGUAAAAUAUCCCCUUCGUGGGUUGUUUCCUUCCAACAAGACGUAUUUUGUCAUGUUUAUCCCGGACCAAUAAGAUGGUGCGUUCCCUUCUUCCAUCCAGUUCUCUUUAGUGUUUGCCAAUGUUGGAGGUGUAACUGGGGUCUGGCCCUGGACAAAGGAAUAGAGCAUGGCUCAAGUGAAAGUACAGACCGCAGCGCCCCUGGCUGGUCCUGGCCUCUCCCCUGGAGUUUCUCCGACGGCCAUGGCCAGCCCAGGACCCCUGGGUCUGCAGCCCUCUGUCAACGGCACAGGCCCGGCCCCCACACCCACCUGCCCUGCUCCUGCAGUCGGAUAUGGGGACGCUCCUGUGUCUGCCACACCACCAGGCUCGCCCCAGGAGGACAUGGCAAACCCUAAAGAGAAAACUCCAAUGUGCUUGGUGAAUGAGUUAGCCCGUUUCAACAGGAUCCAGCCACAGUACAAGCUCCUCAAUGAGAGAGGCCCUGCACACGCUAAGAUCUUCACUGUGCAGCUGACCCUUGGGGAACAGGUGUGGGAGGCAGAGGGCACCAGCAUUAAGAAGGCCCAGCACUCCACUGCUGCCAAAGCACUGGCCGAGAGCGUCCUGCCCAGGCCCGCGCCCCGCUCGCCUAAAGUCGACGUCAACAGCAACCCAGGCAGCAUAACGCCCACUGUGGAGCUGAACGGUCUGGCCAUGAAGAGAGGGGAGCCAGCUAUAUACAGACCCCUGGAUCCCAAACCCAUCCCCAACUACAGAGCUAAUUACAACUUCAGAGGGAUGAUUAACCAAAGGUACCAUUAUCCUGUCCCUAAGAUCUUCUACGUGCAGCUCUCUGUGGGGAGUCGGGAGUUCAUCGGGGAAGGACGCACCCGCCAAGCGGCGAGGCACAACGCUGCCAUGAAAGCCCUCCAAGCACUUCGCAACGAACCGAUCCCUGAACGGCCACCACAGAGUCCAGAAGAGAAAGUGGAGACACAAGAAGGAACUGAUGCCAGCAAAUCAGAGAUUAGCCUCGUCUAUGAAAUCGCCCUCAAAAGAAACUUAUCUGUUAACUUUGAGGUGUUAAAGGAGAGCGGUCCGCCUCACAUGAAAAGCUUCCUGACCCGCGUCACCGUCGGAGAGUUCUCUGCCGAGGGCGAAGGGAACAGCAAGAAGCUGUCCAAGAAGCGUGCCGCUCUGUCCAUCCUGCAGGACUUGAAGAAGCUCCCCUUCAUACCGACCGUGGAGAAACCCAAGACGCACUACAAGAAACGCACCAAGACUAUCCUCAAGACGGGACCUGACUACGGUCAGGGCAUGAACCCAAUCAGCCGAUUAGCUCAAAUCCAGCAGGCCAAAAAGGAGAAGGAACCGGAGUACCAGCUGCUUUCGGAGAGAGGGAUGCCGCGACGCAGGGAGUUUAUCAUGCAGGUGAAGGUGAAUAACGAGGUUGCCACGGGAACGGGACCAAACAAGAAGGUGGCCAAGCGGAACGCCGCUGAGGCAAUGCUGCUGCAGCUGGGAUACAAGGCCUCCACGGUCUCUCCGAAUCCCUCAGAGAUGGACAACAAAGGCUGGAACGGACAAAAGGCGCCUUUUACCGAAGCAACGAGUAACACCCAGAAGGGUCUGCUCCACCUCAGUCCCGACGUCUACCAGGAGAUGGAAGCCAGCAGGAAGCAGAGUGGCAGCGCAACAGUCACCGGCAGCAGCGGCGGCAGCGCCACCGGAGGGUCCGUCAAUUACGUUGCAUCCAAAGACGCGGGGUCCUGCUCUGCCCCUCUGCCCCCAGGACAUUCUCCGUAUUACAGCGGCACGUCUUCCUCGCCCAGCCCCACUGCUACCAUGGCCAGAGAGCUGCUGCUUAACGGCCAGUCACCUCCAGUGGACGGGUCGCUGCCCGUAAAGGGGAAGAACCUGGCCUGCAGUGUUUCUGUGCAGCCGGCACAGCAGCUGGACUACCUGGCUCACAUCCAGGGCUUCCAGGUGCAGUACAGCGACGCGCAGAGUGGGAAGGAUUUUGUGACCUAUCUGACCUUGUCCCCAGUGCAAAUGACUUUCCACGGCACCGGGAGCACCCUACAAGCCAGCCAUGACCAGGCUGCUCUAAGUGCCUUGAAACAGCUGUCGGAGCAGGGACUGGAUCCAGUGGAUGGCCCCAUCAAGACCACCGAACCAUGCGGGAGGGAGGAUGGACAUUAAACAGACUAACUCAGGCACCACCACUCAGGUCUGCAAGGAUUCAAAGGCCGUCGUCAAGGAGCUGACAACCCCAACGCCCCAUCCUCCUCCUCCUCAUCCAACAACACCCACCUUACACCCAGAAUAUUCUCCCACUCAAUUCCCCCCACCACCAACACGAUCGCCAAUGUAUCCUGCAAAACCUGUCGACAUGCAAUAGGGUGGAUGUGCACCGAGAAAUGACCGACUAAAGCACCAUUACCCGAGUCUAUGUGAAGACAACACUAUUCUAACCCGUUUAUCGAUGAUUUCAGUCAGAGUUUAGAUGACAACGUUGGAGCAUAAAAUACAGAAUAAUGAGAUAAUUGCAUGGUACUGUGUGAAAUCAAGGGAAGUCCAAAGCGAUACACUGCAUAGACAAUUUGUUCCCUUUGGAAUAGAUGUUGGUAUGGUUAAAAACAAAUAUGUACAUCAUGCCAUUGAUUUACGAAAGAAACAUUUUAGAACAGCAACCAACUUGCGUGCAGUAGCUUUUUUUUUUCUGAGGUAUUAUGUUACCCUUUUUCUUUUUUUUUCUUUUUGUUAUUUUAAUAUUCUAACAAUGCUUGAGUACUGUAUUUAAAAUUAACCAAUGCCAGUGCUGUGAAAGUUGUAGUUGUUGUCUUCAUAUAUAGUCACCCAGCUUACCUUGUACGCUGACAAAAAAAAGAAGAAACUGUUCAUCUAUCUAUAUGGAUGUGUAUGACUUUGCAAGAGUAUCAUAUUCCAAAAAAAAAAAAAAAGAAUGCCACAAAAAAAAUUUCAUGUGGACAAAAAGGACAAAACUGGUGUUAGAAGUUUAUUAUUAUUAUUAGAGGUGUUUUAACACGACCCCGCACUGGCACGGCGCCACUGGAGCAAAGAAGGAACAAAUGCAGAAGCAAUGGGAGGGGGUGGGGGCACUGUUUUACUUUUUAACUUGAAGAAAAGCCGCUUAUGAUUAACAUUCUCGCAUUUAAUGCAGAUGUCGCGCUCCAGAGAAGAGCUUCGUUGGAACUGCAGGUUCUCCAGCGAGGGAGAAGUUAUCCCCAGUGGUUCUUUGUCAGUGAAUUGUCCCUUCCUCUCCUCUCCCUCCCUCAAGAGUUUUUGUCGAUCACAUCUACACCCAUUGUGUGUGUUGUAUUGACUUACCGAGGCAUCGACUGGGUGAUUUUAUCGCCUGCUACUUCUGAAGUGCAGCAUCUGAGGGGAGAGGGAGCCUGUGUCUGAACUGCAGGCUGCCGCUCCCCUCCAAUCCCACGAAACGACACUUUGGGUCACUUUGUCCACUGACGUUGAAGAUGUGUGUUCUUCUUCGCUGUGUGUGCAAUGUGUCAUAAGGCUGUUUUUGAAAUGCAGUAAAAACACCUCAGUUUAUGUGGAAAA